UUGUGAGAUAACUUUGCUAUAAAUAAGGGUGUAAAGCAUGAGUGUUUUAUGAAAAUGAAUCUUCACUGAACUGAGGAUCAAACAUUACAGAGGGAUUGUCAGGAACAAAAGGAGAAUGUUACGUCUUGUCCUAUUUGUGACCUUUGUCCUUUCACUCUUAAAAACCAUCGAGGGAGCCAGAGAGUAUUCAUUUGAGAACGCCAUUGAUGUCGAUGCCUUCAGUGUGCCAGCAACAUCAACACUUGAACAAUCGUCUGAACGGUAUAAAGAUGGAUCAUAUUCAAUGAAGUGGACUUGGGCCAGUGGAGAUAUAAUGAAACAUACCUUCUUCCCAGCAAUUUCAGGAAAUGAGCUUAAAAAGGGAGGGAUUAAGUUGUGGCUUUACAACACUAAUCCACUUGCAGGAGAGAACUUGACUGUCUCUUUCCAAAAUAAUGCGCCCACCACUGUUACUGUAUCACAGUUCAACAUUAAGCUGAAUUUUAAGGGGUGGCGUGGUGUGUGGGUAUCCUAUAAAGAAGCUAUCCAGACUGAAAACAAAGAUAUUAAUGUUAUGUGCAUAACUGCUCCCACAACCAGACAUCAUUUGUAUUUUGAUGUCUUGCGCUUUGUAAGUGACGUCAGAAGGCAAAGUCGUGACAAAGUGGUACCAACGUUGGAUCCAAACCUUUACUCUAUCAACGACUUCUGGCAGCAAACCUAUCGCUGGAGUCAGGUACCACCACCAGAAAUUUCUAAUACCACACCCAGUCAAGACAAAUUGGAAAAUAUGACCCUCAUUGAAAAGCGACUGGAGAAUUGGUUCGUUAAUCAGUCUCAGAGCAUAGCCCAGUUUCCGACAAAUGCAAGGAAGAGGUGGCAGUCUUUACAGAAGCAAGUGUUCAGUGCCUAUAUUCAGUAUGGACAACUAAAUAUUAAUAAAAGCCAAGGUGUCAUUACAGGAUUGCCUCUUUACUGCGACAAGUCUGAAGUUACUGGUGGUAAAAAAUUCGGGGAAGUGAUGCAGGAAGUGCUUCUCCCAAUGACACUGGAUUAUUACGUGAGGUCACGUGAUGUUGAUGUAGAUGCCUUGGCUUUCGAUCAACUGUCCAACUUGAAUGGAGACGUGGCCCAGAAAAAGGCUGCCAUAAAGGAAAUAGCAGGAGGUAAUCAAAACAUUCAAAAUAUAUUCACCACCGCCCUGGGUACCAAUACAAAAUCUUACACGUUGGAGAAAGUGAAGGAAGCCAUAGACAUUCUGAAUACGGAGCGAAAGAAACGAUUACUUCUCCUUUUGGAAUAUAUUGAAGAUCAAGGUUGGAGCGAUGGUAGUGCUAUUGGGUCUUUGGAUCAUGAGAUGAACAAUUGCGGAGCAGGUUUUAUGAAUGCAGUCUUCCUCCUGAAGGAUGAAAUUACCGCUGAAGGUAAACUCGAUGAUUAUGUGGCUACUAUGAAGUGGUACAACGAGUUUGGAGAAGUUUAUCAAGACCCGUUUGAAUACGUUGGUACAACUGCUGACCGUAUGAGAACCAUUUCAUUAUUCAGGUUGUUUACUGUUCUAAUGAUGCCAAAUACAACAGAUGACGAAAAGCUUGAUAAAAUUCGUGACAUGGAAGAACUUUUAUCAUGGUACGUCAACGGACUGACUCCUAAUGAAGCUUUCGGAGGAGUUUUAAAGCCAGACUACCUUGGAUUCCAUCACAACAGUUUUUAUGGCUCUGCUUACUUCCCACAUGCUCUUCAUGUUGCUUCACUCAUCGAGUUUCUACUCAGUGGAACACCAUUUAAAUUGGGUGAGGACACAAGCAAGCAUAUUAAGAAAGGUCUUGAGACAAUGAGGAUUGUUGCUGUUAAAUACUCAACUCCAAACAGUGUAGCGGGUCGAUUUCCAGGGUUUUACCGUGCAAUUUUGGCUAGGAUUUUUCCUUCCUAUGCUUACGCCGGUGCAACUGCUCCUGAUUUAAACGAUGAUGGAAGUCUGGGUGAAAUUACUAUUCUCGACAGCGAUAAGGUCAAGAUGUUUUUACGACUUUACGAUCCAGGCAAUGAGGAUGUUAGCAAUUACCUGGAAGAUGGGACUAUAUCCACACAUAUCUUUUACUUAAAUACUAUUGGUUCGAUCAACAUCAUGGAGGAAAUAAGCUCUAAAGCUGCCUCGAUGGGUAUAUUGGCCGAAAGUUCGCCCCAGGGAUUCUGGACGAGAAAUUAUGCUUCGCUAGUGAUUAACCGAAGAGAAAACUGGGCGGUAACAAUGAAAGGCUUCAACAAGUAUGUCUGGGACUUCGAGGCCUCAAGCACUCGAAAUUUUUUUGGUCUUUAUCAAAGUCAUGGUGCACUUCUCGUUGCAAACAGCGAGGCGUCACUUAAAACUCUGGAUAUCGAUAAUGGUUGGGACUGGACACGACACCCGGGCACUACAACAAUAAAAAUGGAUUUUGAUCAAUUGAUCAGCGACAACCGUAGAUAUUUUCAACCCAAGGAACUGGCGGGUGGAUUAACUUUGAUUGGUGGCGGUAAUUAUCCUACGGGGGUCUUUGGAAUGGAUUUCUCACAGCCUAAGUAUCAGUUUCCAGCUGGUUCCUUUCAACUUGACAUCACCUUUGAAUUCAAGAAGAGCGUGUUUUUCGCAGAUUUUGCCGUGAUUUGUCUCGGAUCUGGAAUCACAACUACCAUGAGCUCGCCCAACAUAACUCAGACCACGCUGUUCCAGACGAAGCUUCUUAACGCAAGCAAUCCAUCAUCAAUUCUGAUAAACGGAGAAAGUCACUCACUUGACACCGACUUGAUAAAGACGCCGUCGUUCUUUAACACAGGCAACCAUGCAGCUACACUUGUAGAUGUCAAUGGAAACACUUACUACAUUCCCAAUGCGUAUAACCAGAGACUUAAUGUGAAGAUUGGCUUGCAACAUUCCAGAACUCAAGAUGAUUUAACGGCUACAUCGGCUCGGUAUGCGACCGCAUGGCUCGACCAUGGAGUGGACCCAACGGACAAGGGUUAUGAAUACACCAUAUUGGUUGAAGGACCCUCAGAAGAAAUCCAUGUAGGAAUUUUUCGAGUUUAA